UUGAGAAAAUGACCGGCAAAUCAACUUUCCCCUCCCCGGAGCCUGUUAAAAAACCAAAUCACAUGUAAUUAUUAUUGUUUCUUCUCCUUUCGCCAUCUCCCGCCCUUUCAAUGUAUGCCAACUGGAUCUCUUCAUUAGUCUCUCGAUCGCAAAGUAGAAUUAUCGAAGGAGAACAGUAGAGGAAAAAAAAAAAAAUCGGGUUGGGGCAGAUCUCACAACAUUGGAUGGAAGGUACAGGUAGAGAUUGAGGAGAGCAGCAGAUCAGAGGUAGCUGCUUUAUUAGUUAAUUGCUGGUAGAGGAGGCAAGCGAUGACUCGGAUCUUCGAGUACUUUGUUGUUUGCGGGAUCGGUCCAGAGAUCUCAACGCUCGAUGGUAACAAAGGAUACCAUGGAACAGGGGUCAUGUACUUACCUUCCGUGCUCGAUCAAUACCCUCCUUCCAAUAACGCGCUCUACCCUCCCCCGCCCCCUCAGCUUUCCACUUGUGUUCUUCCAGCUGGUGUGGAGUUCUAUUCAUCAGGGCUCAAUCCUAAUGAUGCCUCAACAUUCCCGAAGAGCUAUCCAAUAGUUUUAACAGAGGGUGAUGGAUCUAAAAUAUAUGUUAGCUGCAUUGCUUUUCGGGAUCCAGUCUGUGAUGAUAUAGCUGAAGCUUACCGCAUUCCCGCAAAUUCUUUUGCUGACAAGUGCAUUUGUCUUGUUUCACGCUCACCCAGUUUUCGUGUUCUUCGGGAUGCACUGGAGGAAUUAUUUGCUCUUUGCUUUUCUCCUGAUGGCAGUAGCAAGCCUCUGUGGGAUAUUAUAGCAUAUAUUGUAUCAGGCGUUCCUUUGCCUACUCCUGGAAAGGAUCGAGUCCUUUUUGCUAUUGAGAACUGCCUGCUUUCUGUGGAGGCUCCAACAAAGGACGGACUCCCAUAUGCUGAUAUAUCUUUUCAGCCACUAGUACAGUGCUUGGAUGUUGAUAACUUGAUUACGCUUUUCACUGCAGUGUUGCUUGAGAGAAGGAUUUUGCUCCGCUCAAACAAGUAUUCACUAUUAACACUUGUAUCAGAAGCUAUCUGCCAUUUAAUUUAUCCAUUCAGGUGGCAGCAUGUCUAUAUUCCAUUGUUAUUUUUCAAUGGAGUUGACUACAUUGAUGCUCCUACACCAUACAUGAUGGGUCUCCAUUCAGGUGUUGACACAUCUGGUCUGGCUAUGGAUGGUGUGGUUGUUGUAGACCUUGAAUAUAACCGUAUUACUACAUCAGAAGAAAUACCUCCUAUACCAGAGCCAGAAUUAAGUUCUUUGCGUGGUGAGAUAAUGAAAUUGUUGUAUCCAAAAGUUGUUGGAAUAGAUCAAAUGAAGACAAGCUUUGGUGUUUCAUCUGAACAAUAUCCUAAAAGUGCAAACAAGCCUUGGGGAGAGGAACAUGAUCUUCAACUUAGAUUAAUAUUCCUAAAAUUCUUUGCAUCAAUUUUGAGUGGCUACCGUAAUUUCAUAGAAAAUAGUGCUACUCAGGUCUUCAACACACAAGCAUUUUUGAAGAAACGAUCUAGGUCAACAAACCAACCACCAGAACCCAUGAUCGAACAGUUUUUAGAUUCUCAAGGUUUCUUGGAUUAUUUGGAGAGGGGUAUAGGUUCAGAUGAAAAUUCUAACAAUCUUCUUGACAAGUUACAAGAUGCUAUUGGAAGAGGUCAAAAUCCUAUGUCGAUUCUUCCCUGUCUUAUGGAAGAGCCUGAGGUUAUAACCAUAUCUGACCAUGGUGUUGGAAUUGCAGGAUCAGGUGCCAAAUAUUGUUAUGACAGGUUUCCAUCAAAUGUUAGGACAGAAGAACAAGAAGAAAGGAGAAAUGCCAUUAUUGCAGCAGCAAGUGGAGCAUUGGAGUAUUCAGGAAGGCAUAUGCCUAGCUCACCUUCUAUGCUAGUUGGUAAGGACUCAAAAGCAGAAAGUCUAAGUCCAAGGGAGAGGGCGGCAGAAAGAGAGCGAAUGGUCCUGGACAUAAAAGUGAAGCUUCAGGGACUGUGGUUACGUCUUUUGAAAUUGGGAGCAACUGAUGAUCCUCUUUCAUCAUUUGAAUAUGGCACAAUUCUUGCUUUAAUUGAGUCUGAUGCAGAGGGAAUUGGAGGCAGUGGUUUUGUUGAGUGUAUAAGGGAACACAUUCAUUCAGGAUGGGCCUGUCGUUUGACCGAAGAGCAGUUUGUUGCAGUUAAAGAAUUGCUCAAAACAGCAAUCAGUCGUGCCACCUCUCGGAAUGACAUGUCGACCAUAAGAGAUGCACUCGAAGUUUCUGCAGAGAUGUAUAAAAAAGAUUCUAAUAAUGUUCCAGAUUAUGUUCAACGUCAUCUCCUUUCUCUAUCCAUCUGGGAGGAACUACGAUUUUGGGAAGGCUACUUUGAGUAUUUAAUGGAUCAGUCUUCAAAUAAGAUGUCUAAUUAUGUCAUUCUUGUGACGGCACAGCUAAUUAUAGUGGCAUCACAUAUGGCUGGGUUAGGAAUUCCUGAUACUGAUGCUUGGUAUAUCAUUGAGACUAUUGCAAACAAAAACAACAUUGGAUAUAAGCAAUUUAUAAAACUCCGGGGAUUGUUGUCCCAUAUCCAACAACUACGGAUUGGUUACUGGGGAAUCUCAUCUGUGAAGAUCCAGUCUGUCUCACCCUAUGGAUUGCCAUCUCCACGCCUUCAAGAUGCAGCAGAUGAAAGUCAGCAACCUGCUGAAGCUUCUGGUGUUGGACGAAGCUGGGUGCAGAGCAUGUUUAGCAGGGACACAACAUCAAGAGCUAACUCUUUCAGUCGUGCUCCUGUAAAUGAAAGCACAAAAAAUACUGCUUCUCCCCGCAAGGCAGAUUUACCAGCUGCUGGACAGAAGAAAACUCAGUCAAGUAUGCGGAUACUUAGGGGUCAUAACGGUGCUGUUACUGCUCUACACUGUGUAACAAGAAGAGAAGUGUGGGAUCUGGUGGGUGAUCGUGAAGAUGCUGGUUUUUUUAUAAGCGGGAGCACUGACUGCACGGUUAAGAUCUGGGAUCCUAGUCUUCGUGGCUCUGAACUACGGGCAACCUUGAAAGGACAUACAGGGGCUGUUCGUGCAAUUAGCUCUGACCGAGGGAAGGUGGUAUCUGGCUCUGAUGAUCAGUCUAUCAUUGUCUGGGAUAAACAAACAACUCAACUUCUAGAAGAGCUGAAAGGCCACGAUGGGCAGGUUAGCUGUGUGCGCAUGUUGUCAGGGGAGCGUGUCCUUACUGCUUCCCAUGAUGGCAGUGUAAAGAUGUGGGAUGUGAGGACAGAUACUUGUGUGGCAACAGUUGGCCGUUGUUCUAGUGCAGUUAUUUGUAUGGAAUAUGAUGACUCUACAGGAAUCUUGGCUGCUGGUGGUAGAGAUGCGGUUGCAAAUAUUUGGGACAUCCGUGCUGGUAGGCAGAUGCACAAACUUUUAGGUCACACAAGAUGGAUCCGGUCAUUGAGGAUGGUUGGUGACACUAUUAUUACUGGUAGUGAUGACUGGACAUCUAGAAUAUGGUCUGUUUCUCGAGGAACAUGUGAUGCUGUUCUAGCAUGUCAUGCUGGUCCAGUUCUCUGUGUUGAGUACUCAAUUCCAGACAAGGGAAUAAUAACUGGUUCAACUGAUGGGCUGCUCCGUUUUUGGGAAAACGAGGAUGGAGGAAUAAAAUGUGUUAAGAAUGUUACUAUUCAUUCUUCUUCUAUUUUAUCUAUCAAUGCUGGAGAGCAUUGGUUAGGUAUUGGAGCAGCAGAUAAUUCCAUGUCUCUCUUCCAUCGGCCUCAAGAAAGGUUUGGGGGCUUCUCUGGUGCAGGAUCAAAAGUUCCUGGGUGGCAACUGUACAGAACUCCACAGAGAACAGUUGCUUUGGUACGCUGUGUGGUUUCGGACCUUGAACGGAAAAGGAUAUGCAGUGGUGGUCGUAAUGGACUUCUCCGGCUGUGGGAAGCCACCAUCAAUAUCUAGUAUUUCUUUGGUAUGUAGUGGUAUUUUUAAACAUAUGCGGGUGUGCAAUUUGUUUGCGAGUGGAGGAAUGCAGCUACACAGCCUAUAGCCUACAAUUGAUCACUCUACAACAAGGGCAGCAUAUCAGAGUAUAAAUCCCCCCAACCAGGCCUUUUUGUGCUAUUGGAGAAAUACGGCACUGAACUUUACCUAAAUUAUUCGUCCAGCUAAUGUACAAUUUUGUUUCAGAUCAUACCAAAUAUUAAUUUGUACUUCGUGCAUCUGUUUGUGCCGCUUGCUGCUAA